CCUGCGGGCCGGGCCGGUUUCCUCGGUCACUAGGCUCGCUCCUUCUCUUCCGGUCCCGACCUCACUGCGGCCGACAUGACGGCCCCGGCUCAGAGCCCGCUGCAGCCGCUGCUGGAGACGCUGGAGGACGCCUCGGUGUCCCACGGAGAGCGGACCGACGCGUACCUGAGCCUUACCAGUCGAAUGACUGGAGAAGGAGGAAAAGAAGUCAUUAUAGAGAUUGAGAAAAAUCUUUCUCGGCUCUACACAGUUUUACAGGCUCACAUUUCGAGUGAAAAUUCAGAGCUGAGUAGUGCUGCCCUACAAGCCUUGGGAUUUUGUUUAUAUAAUCCCAAAAUUGCUUCAGGAUUAUCAGAGGCAAAUACUCAAGAACUGCUUUUAAAAUUGAACAGUAUCAUUAAGAGCUCAGACAAAAAUAUAUGUACCAGAGCACUUUGGGUAAUAUCCAAACAGACAUUUCCUACUGAAGUGGUUGGCAAAAUGGUGUCCAGUAUUAUUGAUUCAUUGGAAGAAGUAUUUAAUAAAGGAGAGAUACAUUCGGCUGUUGUUGAUUUUGAAGCAUUAAAUGUUAUCAUAAGACUAAUUGAACAAGCUCCAAUUCCAAUGGCUGAAGAGUCAGUGAGGUGGGCCAAAUUGGUCAUACCACUAGUGGUUCAUUCGGCACAGAAGGUACAUUUGCGAGGAGCCACUGCUCUGGAGAUGGGAAUGCCAUUGUUGCUUCAGAAACAGCAAGAAAUUGCAUUGAUUACUGAGCACCUUAUGACUACUAAAUUAAUUCCGGAACUUCAAAAGCUAUUUAUAAAUAAAAAUGAGACAUAUGUGUUAAAAUUAUGGCCAUUGUUUAUCAAGCUUCUUGGAAAGACCUUGCACCGCAGUGGCAGCUUCAUCAAUUCUUUAUUACAGCUGGAAGAACUGGGAUUUCGUAGUGGAGUUCCUAUGAUUAAAAAAAUAGCUUUCAUUGCUUGGAAGAGCUUAAUAGAUAAUUUUGCUUUAAAUCCAGAUAUACUAUGUAGCGCAAAAAGACUCAAGUUAUUAAUGCAGCCCUUGAGCUCCAUCCAUGUGAGAACGGAAACUCUAGCACUAACAAAAUUAGAAGUCUGGUGGUACUUACUGAUGAGACUUGGACCUCAACUCCCCAGUAAUUUUGAACAGGUUUGUGUGCCUCUGAUUCAGAACACCAUAAGCCUUGAUUCUAGUGCUUUACCUCAAGGCAGUUCAUCCCGUGUGUGUGCUUCUCCAGGCUUAAGUCCCAUGAAUUCUGUACACAAAGGUGCUUCGCCAUAUGGAGUUGGUGUAACUCCACGCAUGAACCUGAGUUCAACUCCAGGUGGAAUGGCUACAGUCCCAUCCAUUCAGCUUUUGGGACUCGAAAUGCUGCUUCACUUUUUUUUGGGUCCAGAAGUCUUCAGUUUUGCUAAACAACACAAACUUAUAUUGAGUUUAGAGCCACUUGAACAUGCAUUAAUCAGCAGCCCUUCUUUUUUCUCUAAACAUGCACAUACACUUAUCACGGCUGUUCAUGAUAGCUUUGUUGCAGUUGGAAAAGAUGCUUCAGAUGCAGUAGUCAUUGCUAUCUGGAAGGAGCUAAUUAGCUUGGUGAAGUCAGUUACCGAAUCAGGAAACAAAGAGAGACCAGGUUCUGAUGUUUUGACUCUCCUACUAAAGUCUUUGGAAAAUAUAGUGAAGUCGGAAGUAUUUCCUGUUUCUAAAACUCUGAUCCUCAUGGAGAUUACAAUAAAAGAACUUCCUCGAAAAGUAUUAGGUUCACCAGCAUAUCAGGUUGCUAAUAUGGAUAUUCUUAAUGGAACCCCAGCUUUGUUCUUAAUCCAGUUAAUUUUCAACAACAACCUGUUGGAAUGUGGCCUACAAGAUGAAAGGUUUUUUCUCAAUCUGGAAACUCUUGUAGGUUGUGUGCUUUCUGGUCCAACUUCACCACUAGCUUUUAGUGACUCUGUACUAAAUGUUAUUAAUCAAAAUGCAAAGCAAAUAGAAAACAAGGAGCACCUCUGGAGAAUGUGGAGUAGUAUAGUCACUCCAUUAACUGGCUGGAUUAAUCAGACCAAUGAAGUGAAUCAAGGGGAUGCCUUAGAACAUAAUUUCAGUGCCAUCUAUGGUGCAUUGAUUCUGCCAGUAAACCAUAUUUUUUCAGUACAGAGAUUUCCCAUGGCUGCCAUGAAGACUUUACUUAAAACGUGGUCAGAAUUAUAUAGAGCCUUUGCUCGCUGUGCUGCUUUGGUGGCAACAGCCGAAGAGAAUUUGUGCUGUGAAGAACUUUCUUCGAAGAUAAUGUUGUGUUCAGAAGAUGAAGCCCUUUCUAAUUUGUUAUUCUUGGACAGGAUUGCUCAUGUUAUUACUGUCAUGGUUGAGUGCAUUGACUUCUCACCAUGUGAUAUUAAAUAUCAGCCCCAAAUUAAAUCACCCCAGAGGUCUUCGGAUUGGUCCAAAAAGAAGAAGGAACCCCUAGGGAAAUUGGCUUCUUUAUUUAAACUUAUUGUGAGAGUGAUCCAUUCUUUCCACACACUGAGCUUCAAGGAAAACCAUUCUGACGCACUGCUUGCUGUUGGUAACUCCAUCAUCAACAUGCUUUCCAAUAUAUUUGGACAUAUCUCUUUGUCUUCCAUGAUACGAAAAGUAGUUGCAACUUUUUCAAGACCCUUGGCAUUAUUGUAUGAAAACCCAAAGCCUAAUGAAAUUCCUAAGGUGUAUAGUUGUCUGAAUAACAAGUUAGAAAAAUUACUAGGAGAAAUGAUUGCUUGUCUACAAUUCAGCUAUACUGGAGCUUAUGACAGUGAACUUCUUGAAGAACUGUCCCCAUUACUAUGCAUAACAUUCCUGCACAAGAAUAAACAGAUUCGAAAACAGAGUGCUGUGUUCUGGAAUGCCACAUUUGCUAAAGUGAUAGCGCUGGUUUAUCCUGAGGAGUUAAAACCAGUACUAAGACAAGCCAAAGAAAAUGUUUUGCUUCUAUUGCCUGGUUUGGAGGAUGUUGAAAUGAUGGAGGAAUCCAGUGGACCCUACUCCAACACAACAGAAAAUUCACAGUUAGAUGUCAAGAUAAGUGGCAUGGAAAGAAAAUCCAGUGGAAAAAGAGAUUCAUUUUUGGUACAGAAAAAGGAUAAAAAAGAAAAUGUGAAAACACCAGCCAAACUAAAACUAGACUCAACUCCCAAAGUAAAGAGUGAUAAGCUUUUGGAAGAAGAAAACUCCACGGAUUUUGUGUUUAUACCUACAGAAGAGAAAGUGGCAAAAGAAAGGAUACUAACUGAACACCAGAAGGAAGUACUCAAAACAAAACGGCAUGACAUCCCUGCUUUGUAUAAUAACUUGGAUGUUUCACAAGAUACUUUAUUUUCUGCCCAGUUUAGCCAGGAUGAAUCUAUGGAAAGUUCCUCAUUAACAGAAACUCCAAGGGACGUUUCCAAGACGGUGAUAAAGGAGGAUCAAACAGAGAGUGAUGUCGUGGGAAGCUGUGGCGUGGACGGACAUUUUCAAAAGGGCUCUUUACCAGAUGAGUGCAGUUCUGCUGUUGAAACCAGCCCAGGAAUACCAAACAGUUGUAACAGUGCCAAGAAAAACACAUCGGUGUCAUCCCAGAAAAUGUCAGCUGAGUGUGCAUCAAGUUCAGAAAGUUCAUUGGUGACCACCAAUAGCUCAGUUUCUAAUGCCACUAUUUCUGGAACUCCUCCACAGCCUACAAGUAGGAGGCAGUCCUUUAUUACUUUGGAGAAGUUUGAUGGUUCAGAAAAUAGACCUUUCAGCCCAUCGCCUUUGAAUGAUAUGUCAUCCACUAUUACAGUAAGAACUAACCAGGAAAACACAACUAAAACAGAUACUCCACCAAAAACAAGGAAAAGAGAAGUAACUCACUCAAAAUCCGGUUCUGAAAAAUUAGUGAAUGGUAUUAAGAGAUCAAGCCGGAGAUGUAGUAGAACUGAACAGUCAGGGAAUAAAAAAUUUAAGCUUUCAGUGCAGUCUGAACAGGAGGCACAUACCCAGGAAUCUGUUGAAAGCAUGCUAACUUUAGAAAAUAAUUCACCUGAUUUGCCCAGCCAAACAGAAGGUGUGCCAGAUAGUCAAGACCAUCUUUCUACUGAAGAAUAUGAAGAUACAAAACCCAAGCCAGCGAUAGAAAAUGCUGUAAUGGAAAAUAAAACUACAGAAGAGAAAAACAUAGUCACAAAUUUGGACUCCAAAGAAAACACACCCCCAGUAGCCAUACCAACAGAUCAAACAGUAAAUGAAGACAGUCAAGUCUCAAUAGUUCCAAAUCCAAAAACCCUCAGAAGGUCCUCAAGGCGGCGCUCAGAGUUAGUAGAGUCUUCCACUGAUAGCCAAGAUAAAGAAAACAGUCAGCAAAAAAAAGAGAGACGGAAGGAAGAAAAACCACCACAGAAGGGUCCCAUGCAUGUGAAUGAUGACAAGUUACCUAAGCAAAUACUAAUUUCUGGACAAACAAUACAGGAAAAUUUAACUGAGAAAGGAAAUAAUUUACAUGAGAAAACAUUAGGUGAAACCUGUGUUAGUGCUGAAAUUGACCAAAGUAGAAGAAAACCAGACCUUGAAAAUAUUGGUUCUGAGGGAGAUAGUGGCCAGGACAUUAUAGAUAAGUUGUCUGAGAAACCUUUAAGGAGCCGGACACGCUAUCAAACAAGAAGAGCAUCUCAGGGAUUGCUUUCCAGCAUUGAAAACUCAGAAUCUGAUAGUUCGGAGGCAAAAGAAGAAAUGUCUAGAAAGAAAAGAUCUGGAAAAUGGAAAAACAAAAGCAGUGACAGUGUUGAAAUUGAAGAACAAGAAGAAAAAGUAGUUGAGGAAUGUGUAAAAACUGAAAGUCAGGCACAGGAUUGUACAGCAGUUCCUGAAGUUGAUGUAGACAUAAGCGCUCAGACUAGUGAAAAACAUGAAAGCAUUUCUGAACCCCUUCAGGAUUCGGCCGUGUCUUCAGCUUCACUGCAAGUUACUGAUGUGCCAAAUACGUUUGAGGAAAAAAGUAAGGCUAGCAAAAGUGUAGAGUCUUCGUUUACAAGUCCACCUGUGCCAGAAUCAAACCUAAGGACUAGAAAUGCAUGUAAGAGACUUCAGAAGGGUGAUUCAGAUAGCAGUGCAAGAGAAUCUUCAAAAACAGGGACACCAGGCACACCUGUGCUUUCUGAGAAACGUAUCCAAACACUUGAAUGCCAGCACAAGAGAAGCAGGAGAGUGAGGAAAUCUAAAGGUUGUGACUGCUGUGGGCAAAAAUCACAACCUCAGGAAAAGUCAUUCACUGGAUUAAAGACCACAGAAAAUUCUGACAUAAAGAGUUCUGAAACACAGACAGAUGAGCUAACACCUGGGACUGUGUCCAGAACUUGUGAAGCUAAUCAGUAUUCAGAAGCAAAGUUUGCUGGUGAACAACCCAGUGUGAAUUUUCAUUUGGAUCUUAAAGAGGAGAAUAAUGCUAAUGGUUUGCUAAUCAUACCAGAAAGCGAAUCAAAAGAGAAUACACCAAAACCUCUUCCUCUUGAGAUAGUGGCUGUGCAAGAUAAAACUUGUGCUACACAUUCUAGUGAAGGCUCCCCUGAAGGCCACAAGCCUUCCAGUGAGGAACAUGAAGCUGUGAACCAGUGUUUAGGAGAUUCCAAGGAUAUUUCACAGGAACAUUCUACAUACACCAAAGAAAAUCUAGAAGCUAUCCUGAAAAGAGAACAGAACAUCAUUGGUGAAGAAAAUGCAUGCCAAGUACUCGCAGAACCAAAACCAGAGGAAGUAGAGGCCAUGGAAUUGAAUAUAGACGAGUCUGGCUUUUCUGAGAAAGAGGGUGCCCAAGUUGAUAUUUCUGAAGAAGUGGCAACAGAGGAAAAGAAAAGUGAUGAACCCCAGUUAGGCACAGUUGAAGAGAUUACUGAAGUUACAGCUGCUAAUUCAUGUGUUGGUCUUCCUGGUAAUAGCACACCGGUCAAAAUAAAUGCGCACACUGAGAUUUCUGAGCACAUACCUAGUGGGGUACACCAGGGGGGGGGUAGUGAAUCUGAAGUGGGUUCAUCAAAGGAAACCAGUGCUGAAAUGGAGGUUGACAAAGAAACAGUGAUAGGCCAGGUGAAUUCUAAGGCUGUCAGUGUUGAGGAGGUUAUGGACAAGACUACUAACACCUCUAGAUCCAAAGAAGCUGAAAUGGAGAGAUUGAUUGUUCCCAACACACUUAAAGUGAGUGCUGAAGAUGGAAAUGCUGGUGCUUAUAAAACAAAACCAAACAUUGAACUUGAAUCUGAACAAUUUAAUGAUAAUAAAAUCUUAGUGAGAAAUGACAUUUUGCGGGAAGUUGACCAUACUUCAGAGACAGUGGAGGAAUUACCAGACACUCUGUCAUCUGAAAGGACUGUCUCUGAACUGAUGUCAGAAAACAAUGCAUCUCCUGAAAAAUCCCGAGAACUCGAUCCUUUACUUGUGUCAGCAAAUGAAAGUCCCAGUGGCAUACAGGCCCGCUGUGUCUGGUCUCCAUUGGCUUCUCCAUCCAUCAGCAUUUUAAAGAGAGGACUAAAAAGAUCCCAAGAAGAUGAGAUCGUGUCCCCUCUUAACAAGGUUCGCCGUGUCUCAUUUGCAGAUCCAAUAUACCAAGCAGGAUUAGCAGAUGACAUUGAUAGGCGCUGCUCUCUUGUUAGGUCUCAUUCUUCAAAUAGUUCUCCCAUAAUAAAAAGUGUUAAAACCUCACCUACUGUACAAUCUAAGCAUAAUGCCACUGCAUCCAAAGGAUUUCUGUCCCCAGGAUCACGGAGCUCUAAAUUUAAGAGCUCAAAGAAGUGUUUAAUUACAGAAAUGACCAAAGAAUGCCUGCUGUCCCCGUCCGAAAGUGUUUACCCAGCUUUGGUGAACUGUGCAGCACCAGUGGACAUCAUUUUACCUCAGAUUACGUCAAAUAUGUGGGCAAGAGGUCUAGGACAACUUAUCAGAGCCAAGAAUAUAAAAACAAUUGGUGAUUUGAGUACACUUACAGCAUCUGAAAUAAAAACCCUUCCUAUCCGUUCUCCAAAAGUGUCCAAUGUAAAAAAGGCUCUCAGACUGUACCACGAGCAGCAGGUGAAAUCUCGUGGACUUGAAGAGAUUCCAGUUUUUGAUAUUUCUGAAAAGGCAGUAAAUGGAGUAGAAAAUAAACCUCUGUUGACCGAUGAAGAAAGAGUGACCUCAGAUUUGAUGGACCCUGUUCCUUUAGCAACCCCAUUACCUAAAAAUCUCGUGGCACAGGUCAGUGCUCUUGCGUUGCAGCUGGAUUCAGAAGACCUCUACAGUUACUCGGGAAGCCAGCUCUUUGAAAUACAUGAGAAACUCGGCUAUAUGGCAAACUCGAUAAUAAAAAAUCUACAGUCACGUUGGAGAUCACCAACCUGUGAAGAUUCCACUUAGAUGUGAAUGUUUGAAGCAUCACUGGAUUUUUUUUGAUAAAACAAGUUCUCAAAUACUGCACAGUUUAAAAGGAAAUUGUUUGAAAAUUUGACAGUAACAAAUACUACAAGGCAAUGAAUUACUCUGUUAAGUAAAUUCAUUAGUUAAAUCCUCCCCAACCAUAUUUUCAUGGCUACUGUAUAUUGUUUCUCAAGAAGUUUAAAUGUUGUUGAAAUUUGAAAGCAGCAGUAGAAAUGUGCAUACGUUUUUCAUACUUUCUUAAGUUAGUGCAUAUAUUGUGAAGCUUGUCAUACAUAAUAUUUUGAGUAAAAUUGAAAUUUUUGAAUUUUGCUGAGCUGAUAGAGGUGUUUAUACUUUUAAAAAUUACUCAGUUUGUGCCUGAGGCUUAGGAAAUUGGUUCUUGGUUAAACACUUAUCAGGUGCAAAAGAAUGGAACUUUUUCCUUCAGAUGACUACUUUGGAGAACUUUUGAGAAAAAUACCAAAAUGUUCGUAUUCUUAAUGGUUUAGUGCAGAAUUUACUAAGAUUGCAGCCUUGCAUUUUCCAGUGAAAAUUUAAGCAGCGUAGUAUUUACUUUGUAAGUGCACAACUGUACAUUAUGUAUAGAAUACUGUUUUUAAUUUAUAAAUUUCAACCUUCAUUAAUUGCAUGAGUUUUUCUGCAGCGUUUUGUGAAUAUCUUGGUUUUGUUGAAUAGAAACAUUUUGUAUAUAUUUAAUAUUGAAAUAUCCAUUUGGGCAGUGGAAGUGCUUCAUGGACUUGCUGUGGAUAUUUAUAGAUUCUUUAUCUACAAAUAAAAUUACAGAUGUUUUGUAUUUUGUUCAUAGCCGUAGUUAAGCAUGACUUUAUUUUCUGAAGGGUCCAUAAUGAUUAAAAUUAUUGAGACAGAAAAUGUUACUUGACAACUUCACUAUUCAUGUUGCACCCCUCCUUUUUUCUUUUGGUUCGGAAGAAGAUACCAGCCACUGGAAAUGUGCCUCAUGUUUCUUCUUAAUGGAGAGUUUGUCUGAAUAUUUUUAUUACAAGUUGUAUUAUAAGAAGUAUAGAGUACCUUGUGUUUUUUCCACAUGUACUGAAAAAAACACUUGGAAGGAAUGUGGACCUGCCUUUUUAUAUGGUUUCCUUUUUUAAAAGCAGGGUGUAUAUUAAACCAUUGGUAAAGUUUAUCAACUAGUA